GCGACAGUUUGUGGGGCGGCGGUAGUAGGAGCGCGGCGCGUGUCAGAGUUGUCCACACGUGGCUCGGCCGGAGCCAUGAGCUGCCCCGUGACUUGCGCCGCCUGGGUGCGCAGGGGGGUCGCCAGGGGAACGCCCGACAAGGUGCGGCUCAGCGCGGAGGAGCUGAAGCGGCUCAUCAGGGAGGCCGCGGAGACGCUGCGAGAAGAAGCAGAUGGUAGUGAUGAAGAAGAACAUGGACAGGCUGCAGAAGACGACAUGGAUGUUGCUAGUGGUGAGACAGUGGAGCCUCCUCAAGAAGAUGGGGACCAGGAAGAAGACACUGAAAAGCUGAAUGAUGAUGAGCUGGCAGAGUAUGGUUUGGAUAAAUAUGAUGAAGAGGAGAAUACAGAUGCUGUGAGCCUUGGAGACACCUUAGCCGGUCUUACGGUGUUUGGGAGUAACGAACGUGAUCCUUAUAUCACUAUUAAAAAUACUGAGCAAUAUGAACAGGAAGAUUUUUUGAUUAAGCCCAGUGACAAUCUGAUCAUUUGUGGAAGAGUUGAUAAGGACCACUGCAGUCUAGAGGUUCACAUUUAUAAUCAUGAAGAGGACUCAUUUUAUGUACACCAUGAUAUCCUCUUACCUGCAUACCCUCUAAGUGUGGAGUGGCUUAAUUUUGAUCCUAAUCCUGAUGAAUCUCCAGGAAAUUAUGUUGCAGUGGGUAACAUGACCCCUGUUAUUGAGAUCUGGGACCUUGAUAUAGUGGAUUCUCUAGAGCCAGUCUUUUCCCUUGGAAGUAAAAAAGAAAAAAAGAAGAAAAAGGGAAAGAAGAAUUCAUCUACAGAAGGGAAUCAGGAUGGGCAUACUGAUGCAGUUCUUGACCUUUCAUGGAAUAAGCAAAACAGAAAUGUGUUAGCAAGUGCUUCAGCUGACAACACUGUAAUUCUGUGGGAUAUGUCUGUGGGCAAACCGGCAGCGAACCUUACUUUACAUAUGGACAAGGUCCAGACACUACAAUUUCAUCCAUUUGAAACGCAGACCCUUGUUUCUGGAUCUUACGAUAAGUCUGCUGUUCUGUAUGACUGUAGAAGUCCACAGGAUAAUCAUCGAAUCUGGCGGUUUAGUGGACAGGUUGAGAGAGUGACUUGGAAUCAUUUUUCACCUUGUAACUUCUUAGCUAGCACAGAAGAUGGCUUUGUGUACUGUCUAGAUGCUCGUUCCGAUAAGCCACUUUUUACUCUGAAGGCUCAUAAUGAGGAAGUAUCUGGACUCCAAUUAAGCAGUCAGAUCAAAGGAUGCCUUGUGACAUCAUCUGCUGACAAAUAUGUAAAAAUUUGGGAUAUACUGGGGGACAAACCAAGUCUGAUCCAUUCCAGGGAUAUGAAAAUGGGUGUUCUCUUCUGUGCAGCUUGUUGCCCUGAUUUGCCAUUUGUCUAUGCCUUUGGAGGGGAGAGAGAAGGGCUUCGAGUCUGGGAUAUAAGCAGUAUUUCUGCAGUGAAUGAAGUUUUUGGAAGCAGAGAGAGGUUGGUAGCUGCCAAUACAAACUCUGCAACUAGCAGCUCCUUUGCCAGCAGUAGCAGCAAAAGUCCAUAAGCAGAAAUGGAAUCAUGACGGAUCAAACCUCACAUAGAUGGUAUAUAAAUGCAAAACAUCAAUCCAGAGUAUACUUUGGGACUACAGUUAAUAUGUACUCUGCACCCACUGGUUUGGAAAUGUUUAUGGAAGUGUAUCAAGUUUACUGCAAUCUGCAGCUUUUUUUCAUCUUGUGGGAGGAAAACAUGGUCUUGUGGUUAAGGCACAGGAGUCAGAAGUUAUGGUUCCUGCCUCUCACUGACUUGGAAAAGUUAAGUGACAUGCCUGCACCUUGCUUUAUCUAGCACUGAAAUGGGGAUAGCACAUCACAUUUUGUUUGUAAACUUCACUUGUAAAGUGAUGUAUCUUUGGCAGGAAAGCACUGUGCUGCUGUAGAGUGUAUCUAAAGGAUUGGAAUGAAUGGAUUUCUUUUUAGUUGCAAAUGAAAACUACUUCAACUGAAAA